AUGGAUUCAACUCCCUCUCCGGUUUCGCGGCCGAUGGAACCUCCAGAGAUUCCACCGCAGACUAGGAGAUACCGCAAAGAGGAAUGGGAAGUCCAUCGAGGCUUGAUAGUCGGCUUGUACCCUAUGCAAGGUAUGAAGUUGAGAACAAUCAAACAAAUACUUGAGCACGACCACGGUUUCAUUCUGAAGAAGAAGAUUGACGACUGGAAAAUUGGCAAGAAUGUGCAAAGUUCCGAAAUGGCAUUUAUUGUGCAGAAACAGCAUAAAAGAAUUUUGGCUAGAAAGCCCACUAUUUUUCGUGCUCGAGGUCAGCCUGUGGAUCCAGACAAGAUCUUACGAUGGCAAAAGGGGCCUGGAAAGCAGCUGCAGAAUAUUGGUUCUCGUGGGUAUUCCGCUAAGACUACUUAUCCUGUAAGACCUUCUGACCCUGUUCAAGCUGUCCCAUCAACUCCGUCAGAUAUAAGCUAUAGUCCGCCAUCAGCCAAGUCACCAUCACCAAAGAUGAUGGAACCAGAAAGAGAUUCAAGCCCGAAAAGUCAGUCCAUAACUGACUGGUCAGAAAACCCGAGCCAGCAGCAACCAUCUUUGGUUGGAAAUUUUCAUGGAAAUGCCUCAAACCUUGACCCAAAUGAACCGAGCCUUGACUCAUUCAUAUCCCAAGACUCUACUCCGUAUGAGGGUCGGAGUCCUUCUCCUUUCACUCUUCGUCCGUCGCCUGCACCUUCACCAAGACUUUCAUACGUCUCCCAGGGCAACUUCUCGAGUUUUGCUACCCAUGGCUCCUCCUAUGGUUCAUCAUUCGACCUGUUGGGAAGUCCAUCAUUGGGUUUACAAGACCACACAGUCCACUCGCAUCAAAAUGCGCACCUUACGACGCCAUGGAACACGCAAGAGACAACAAUCAACCAGACACCUGGGACGUCCGCAAUUUCAAAAAAGACGAGAUAUCGUGAGAAUGAAGAACUUGAUUUGAGGCAGAGAUUGACAUCUCUUGAAUCGAGGUACGGGCUUAAGCACCCGGCAUCCCUUGACGCCAUGUCUCGGCUCGCAAAUGUGUUGCAAGACCAAGGGAGGCUCGGGUCUGCGGAAGGUUACUACAAACAAGUAGCCAAGUCAUAUCAAGCCACUCUGGGAGAAGACGACAUAGAGACUAUCAGUGCCUUUUUGGACCUUGGGAUGAUCCUACUAAGUCAAAGUCAAGUGACUAGCGCUGAAAAGCUUUGUCGCAACCUUUAUUCAAGAGCAUCUUCUAUCUUAUCCAAUGAGCAUCGUCUAAAGCUCCAGAUCCUGAAUGAGCUUGGUACCUGUCGGUACAACUUAGGAGAUAUCAAAGAGGCAGAAGUACUACUCCGUGAUUCAAUUGAUUCUGGGAGACGCAUUUUGAUGCACGAUGAUGAUCUAUUGUUACGCCCGAUGGGUACUUUGGCUAAAGUUCUGGUUUCACGAGGUGAACUUGUAGAAGCUGAGAAGCUCCUAUUAUUCAUUCUAGAGGCAAAAAGGUUCUCCUGGAAGCCUGUAGACAUCAUCCACAUGCACGUACGAUCAUUCCUGGGAUAUGUAUAUGGCAGGAAAUUAAUGUUCCAGCAAUCGGAAGCAACCUUGAAACAAGUUCUAGCAGAGCAAAUCAGACUGUUAGGGCCAGAGCACAAGGAAACUCUAGUGUCACAGAAAUAUCUGGCGAUCACUAUCAGAGCUUGUGGAAGACAUGACGAAAGCGAUACGAUUCUACAAGACACUCUUCAAAAGUUGGAAAAGUCCCUUGGCAAGAGGCAUUCUGAAACUUUGCGAUGCCGCGGAGAUCUUGUAAAGGCAAUGAAUGGGCGGAGCAAGUUCACAGAAGCGGAAAAUUUCGCGAGAGAGCUAUCCUCUCUCUUGCAAGAAGGACCAGCUCAAGAUAAUGACCUGAUGAGUUUCAUUUCAUUUGAGCUCGGUAUCUCGUAUGAGGGUCAAGGUCGUCUCGACGAAGCUUUGGUCAUGUUUGAGAAGUUGCUGGAAGAAUCAGCUUGUUCGCUGGGCGAUAAUCACCUGAAAACGUUGCACUUGGGGAAUAAUGUUACGAAAUUGAAGCAGCACAUGGAGCGUCGCUUGGUGGUUCAGCCGUCGAUGGAUCUCUGCUGGACAUGA